AAGGGGGUUUUGCGUUGUCGGUGUCAAACUGGUGCUGAUUGAAGAGGAGCCUGAACAGCGAGUGGUCGCAGUGACGCUCAGCUCGCCGUGGCACGCAAUUUCUGCCAACUGGCAUAGCAAGAAAGCGCCCGCAGCCCAGCAGGGAAUGCUAAAGUCGUUGGACACAGCCUGGGCUCAUCCCCUGGCAGCAGAGAAUUUUGUAGACCAGUGUGUAGAAGUCAGUGUCAGAAAAAUAAUUUUUGAGAAGCAGUGGUUCUACCUGGAUAAUGCCAUCGGACAUAUUUAUGGAACUACCUUUGAAGUAACCAGUGGUGGGAACCUCCAGCCAAAGCAAGAGGUGGAAGAGACUACCACAGAAACAAAGGAAGCAGGGACAGAUAAUCGUAACAUAGUUGACGAUGGGAAGUCUCAAAAACUGACUCAUGAUGACAUAAAGGCUUUGAAGGACAAGGGUAUUAAAGGACAGGAAAUAGUUCAACAGUUAAUAGAGAACAGUACAACAUUCAGAGACAAAACAGAAUUUGCUCAAGAUAAAUACAUAAAGAAGAAGAAAAAAAAAUAUGAGGCGGUUAUUACAAUUGUGAAACCAUCCACUCGCAUCCUUUCAACCAUGUAUUAUGCAAGGGAACCUGGAAAAAUUAACCACCUGAGAUACGACACCCUGGCUCAGAUGCUGACUUUGGGAAACAUCCACGCUGGCAACAAGAUGAUUGUCAUGGAAACGUGUGCAGGCCUGGUGCUGGGGGCUGUGAUGGAGAGAAUGGGGGGCUAUGGAUCCAUCAUUCAGAUGUACCCAGGAGGGGGGCCUGUUAGAGCUGCCACCAGUUGUUUUGGAUUUCCCAAACCUUUUUUUGACAAUCUUCAUGAAUUUCCUCUCAGCAAAGUGGAGAGUCUCCUGUCUGGGACAUUCACUACAGAGACUCUGCCUUCAGACCCUGAGGAGAACACACUGGUGGAAGAGGAAAGCAAUGGAUUGAGUGAGGAGAAACAGACUUCCCUGCAGGAAACAGAGGAGGAACCUGCUCCUGAAGCACCUAUGGAGAUCAAUCCAGCAGAAGAGCAAGACACAAUGGACAUUAAUGCUGAAGAUGUAGAAUUUAAAGAGAACAAAGAAAAAGAAAAUAAAGAAAAUGUUCGGGAAAAGCAAAUGAAACAGUGGGAGAGAAGGAAAAAGCUGAAAGAAGCUGCUGCUUUGCUGAGUGAGAAGAAUGCUGAUGGCUUAAUUGUAGCCAGCAAGUUUCAUCCCACACCCCUGUUACUUUCUUUAUUGGAAUUUGUUGCUCCUUCGAGGCCUUUUGUUGUCUACUGCCAAUAUAAAGAGCCAUUAUUAGAGUGUUACACCAAGCUGAGAGAAAGAGGUGGAGUCAUCAACCUGAAACUAUCUGAAACCUGGCUACGGAACUACCAGGUUUUGCCGGAUCGCAGCCAUCCCAAGCUGACCAUGAGCGGAGGUGGGGGGUACCUCCUGUCUGGCAUCACUGUCAUCUUGGAGAAGGGCAAAGCUGAUUCCAGUAACUCAGAAGCACUGAAAAUGGAGGAGCCAUCAUCUAAAAGAUGCAGACUGCAAGACCUUCCUUGUUAACAUUUAGAGAACUGACUUGUGGUUUAGAUCUCAGGAGUUUAAUGAAAUAACAAGUCCUUUCUGUGCUGUUGGCAGCACAGGGCUGUGCCUGUCAUGCAUCUGUCAGAGAAAGCAGCAGAACUGCAGGGGAGGGAGGACUGUCCUGCUCCUUAGCACUUCACAUCACCUGAAUGUCAAGGAAAACCCUUGGGAGCAAACAUCCCACUGAACUCACAGGAACUUCAAGAAGGAGAGAAGAUGAAGAGAAGACAAAGCCUCAGUGCAGGCAUUCUGUUUGUUUGUAAGCAGGCUUAGCUUUCCAUUCUCCCAGAAAGGCAUCGGAGGAUUCUCCUCAGGAUUCCAGGUGGUGAUCUGCUCCCCCUUUGGACACAGAACUCGGCUCUCUCCAGUAAUUUAAAAAAGUAGAAUGAACAGCAAAAAUCAUACAUGUUUUUCUCCAAAGGAACAAUAAAAAGACAAAUCUAAUAGUAAAGAUGACCCCAUGCUUACAGCAUGACUCCAUGUUUUCCUGAAAUAUAUACAGAGGAGAAAGUGCAUGUUCUUAAAUUAAAAUACUAAAUAUUUAAAAAAUGUCACUAUUAGUAUUGUCUGUCAUUUUCCAAGACAUUUUCUGAGAGUUGCUGUAUGUUUUUAAGAUAUUACUAUUUUGAAAACUGCUGUAUGUAUAUUUAUUUAUUCUACUGUUGGAUCUUUCAGAUGUUGGGCUUUUUUUAUUAAUUUUUUUUAACUUUGCAUUUGCCAUUUAAAUUAAACUACAGGGUAUUUUCCCUAAAGAGA